AUGAGCGUCCGGACCGUUUCUCUCAAGCCGUAUACCGACCAGAAGCCCGGCACCUCUGGCCUGCGCAAAAAGGUCAAGGUCUUCCAACAGGAGAAUUAUUCCGAGGCAUUCGUUGCCAGCAUUCUCCUCUCCAUUCCCGAAGGUGUCGAGGGAUCUACCCUGGUCAUCGGUGGUGACGGACGUUAUUAUAAUCCCGAGGUCACACAGUUGAUUGCCAAGAUUGGCGCUGGAUAUGGCGUCAAGAAGCUUAUCAUCGGUCAAGACGGUAUACUAAGUACACCAGCUGCUAGCCAUGUCAUCAGGAUACGGAAGGCAACUGGAGGCAUUCUGUUAACUGCCAGCCACAACCCCGGUGGCCCAACCGAGGACUUCGGUAUCAAGUACAACCUUACCAACGGUGCUCCCGCUCCGGAAAGCGUCACGAACAAGAUCUACGAAACCUCCAAGAACCUUACCUCGUACAAGAUUGCCGACAUCCCCGAUGUCGACCUGAGCAAGCUUGGCUCAGAUAAGUACGGGCCAUUGGAGGUCGAGAUUAUCCACUCCACAAAGGACUACCUCGAGAUGCUCAAGAAUAUCUUCGACUUCGACUUGAUCAAAAAAUUCAUCAAGGACCACCCUGACUUUAAGCUUCUCUUCGACGGCUUGAGCGGUGUCACUGGUUCGUACGGUGUCGACAUCUUUGAGAAGGAGCUUGGCAUACCAAACAGUACUCAGAACUGUGUUCCAAAGCCAGACUUCGGAGGACAUCACCCCGACCCUAACCUCGUAUACGCCAAAUCGCUCGUCGAUGCGGUUGACAAGAACGGUAUCCACUUCGGUGCAGCCAGCGACGGUGACGGUGACCGUAACAUGAUCUACGGUGCCAACACUUUCGUGUCUCCUGGAGAUAGCCUGGCCAUCAUCGCCCAUCACGCGGAGCUUAUUCCUUGGUUCAAGAAGCAAGGUAUCUACGGCCUCGCACGCAGCAUGCCGACCUCCGGUGCGAUUGAUCUCGUCGCGAAGAAGAAAGGCGUUCAGAGUUACGAAGUUCCAACCGGCUGGAAAUUCUUCUGUGGACUUUUCGACGCUGACAAGAUGAACAUCUGCGGUGAAGAGAGUUUUGGCACUGGCAGCAACCACAUCCGUGAGAAGGAUGGUUUGUGGGCGGUCGUGGCAUGGCUCAACAUCAUCGCCGGUAUUGGCGAGCAGUCAGGUUCCACACCGAGCAUCGGCUCCAUCCAGAAAGACUUCUGGAAGACAUAUGGCCGCACAUUCUUCACUCGCUACGAUUAUGAAGGCUGCGAGACUGAUGGCGCCAACAAAGUGGUCGCUCACGUCAAGGAACUCAUCACCACUAAGAAGGAUGAAUUCAUCGGUUCAACAAUUUCCGGUCGCAAGGUCGUGGAAGCAGACGACUUCUCCUACACUGAUCUUGAUGGAAGUGUCAGCAAGAACCAGGGUAUUUUCGUCAAGUUCGACGACGGUAGCCGCAUCGUCGUGCGCUUGUCUGGAACCGGCAGCAGCGGUGCCACCAUUCGUCUCUACAUCGAGAAGUACGAGGAUGAUGAGAAGACAUACGAUCUUGAUGCGCAGGAGUACCUCAAGGACAACGUCAAGCUGGCUACCGAUCUGCUCAAGUUGCAGGAGUACAUCGGCCGCACUGAGCCUGAUGUCAAGACGUAA